AUGAGGUUGGACGAGGGAGACGAAAGUGUGAGUGUGACUGUAUGGGAAGGGACUGGCAAUGAAGGGCGGGGGACCAAGAUGGGGGAAGAUGAGGAGGGCGUUUCUUCCAGCGAUGUUGCGAAGCUGAUUGUGCUGGAUGCUGGGUGGUUACGAUCGUCUUUGGCGGGGCUACAGGAGUCAGUCUUGUUUCUGAGAUCCGCGGGGGUUGAGGAGGAGAUGUUGGGAACGGUGCUGCUGCUUUCCCCCCGGCUGCUCUGCCUUCCCAGCACAACUAUGGCAGAAACGAUGCAGUUCUUAAAGGGGUUGUUGGGCGAAGAUGCAACCACCAGGAUGUUAGAGGAGGAGAAGAAGCAUGGAGAAGGGAGUGAGGGAAGGGAGGGGGAUGGGAAGCAGGGGAAGAAGGGGACGCAGGCCAAGGAGGGGAAGGAGGGGCAGGAGCUAAGCAGCGGGCUGCUUCAAGAUUCAGCAGCAAGGCACGUUGUGUGCCAGUUUGUCACCUUCUGGCCGUAUGCUCUGUUCUACAACUGGCAGCGCAACAUUGCCCCCAAGCUGCAUUACCUACAGCACAACAUGAAACUGCCAGUCAUUGAGCUUCUUAGAUUCCCCACUUUCUUGACACUUGGCUUGAACCGACGAAUCAAGCCCCGACACCUGGCGCUAAAGAAGAAUGGGUACGUGGUGAAGCCGCAUGAGGAGGUGCUUGGGAGUAGGAGUUAUGUCGGGGAGGCUGGAGUUGGUGCAAAGGAGUUCGUGACUGGGAUUGGGAAGGAGCAAAAGGCGGUGUGUUUGUCACAGUUCCUUCCGUGCAAUGAUGCCGUGUUCAGAAAAAGAUUCCUUCAGGCAGGAGAACAACAAAGGGUUGUGAGUGAACCUGCACCAGCUGCUGCUCCCUUGCUCAGCAACUAG